AUGCCGCAUCCAGCGGCGCGCGCUCCGCGGCACACCGCGAUAACGGUCCGCGCGCGCGAUUCGGGCGGGACGCGGCGGCGCGCGCGAAACUCGCCAGUCCCCCGCCGUCAGCCGCACAAAGCGGUCGCGUCGAACUGUACUUGCGCAGUGGUGCCCGUCGCGUGUGAUAACAACACAGCGGAUUUCACCGAAACCCUAAUCGCAGGAGCCGCCGCCAAUAACCACCACCAUCGACCAUAUGAGGUGCGG